AUGACCACCAAGGGAGGUAUUCUUGGGUUUCCGGCUAAGUUUCUGAUGGAUAAAGCUCGUUACUUUGCUAGUAUGAAGAGUAUGGAUGCUUUUGAGGCUACUCUUUCCUUGCUCAUUUAUGGAUUGUUCCUCUUUCCUAAUGUUGACAACUUUGUUGACAUUAAUGAUAUUAAGAUAUUCUUGAUUGGAAAUCCAUUUCCCAUUCUACUUGCAGAUACCUACCAUUCCAUUCAUCUCAAAAACUCUUAUAGUGGGGGGAUGAUUAUACGUUGUGCACCUUUGCUUUACAAGUGGAUUAUUUCUCACUUGUCUCGGUCUAUUGCUUUUUGGGAUCUUAAUGAUGGUCUUUUAUGGUCACAUAAUAUUAUGUCUCUCACACAUUAUGAUAUUGAGUGGUAUAGUCAUGCUUACGAUGAAGUAAAGAUCAUUGAAAGUUAUGGAGAGUUUCCUAAUGUGCCUCUUCUUGGUACAAAAGGAGGUAUCUGUUAUAACCCGAUUUUGGCCCGUCGUGAGCUUGGAUAUCCAAUGAAAGAUAAACCAAGAAAUAUCCUCUUGGAAUUCCUCUUCUUUAAAGAAGGUGAAGAUAACAAAGCACUUAAGGAGAAGAUUGUCCAUAAAAAGGGGAGAGAAGUUCUAGGGAAGUCAAACUAUGUUUCUUUAGAGACUUAUCUUUAA